AUGCAAAACUUUGAUUUUACAAUUACGGCAAUCUGGAGUGUACUAAAAACUUUACACGAAGCACGAUUUUCUUCUCUUCCAUCCAUUGAUACUACGCUCUUGUCAAUCCGUGAUUGGCUUCGUGAACAUUUUUCGUCCCAUUCUAACGUCGAUACUGCUCUCAAGGCUAUUAAUAUCCUUGAUUCCACCCCAUCCUCAGCUUUUCUUCGUCGACAUAACGUCGAUCCUGAUGAUGUUCUACGUCUCACCUGGUUCCUUGUCGGCUCUCGUGCAUCUGUACACCAGUUGUUUUUUGAAGUUCUUCUUGAAAUAAAUGAAAACACUUCGUUCAGUAUUCAAACUACUCGAUUUUUGCAAUUAGCUUGGAUGUUAUCUCCCAUAUUUACUUCUCAUGUAUCGGAGCUUAAGCUUUCAUCCAUUGCACCAGGUGAAUCCAAAUCUACAGGUACCUAUCUAUUGUCUGAUCAACCACAAUCUUCUAAGAAACAGUUACCCACUCCGCUUACGUCUUUACAUCUCGAUACUGAUCGAUUCUCACCUAAUUGCAAUACUCAUCCCAUCCCCCUCAUGUCAUUUUAUGCUCCACCACCUUCUCUCAGUGGCCAUCAUCAACCACGAAAACCAAAGUCUACUCGAACUAAACAACAACCUACAACGGCGUCUCAAACUCGCUUACACAGCGAGGUCUGUCGCCAAUCAGCAAAAAAUACUGUUAUACCACACCAAGAAUCCAACCAUAAUCAUCAACAAACCAAACAACAACAACCAGAUUCAGUUUCAAUACCACAUUCGCCACUAUCCGAUCUAAAAGCUUCUUUCGAUACUGAAAUGAUCGAACUAUGUUAA